ACCAACUAAAGAGGAUCGUUGUGUUGCUUCAUCUAAAUUCUGCCUUUCUUUCUUCUGCUUUUCGUACGGUCAUACUAGAUGAUUGUACUUAACUCAGCACUUUAGAUCUAGAAUCGCUAUAUCUGUUUCUUUAGUCCUUUAACACUGUUAACCUAAGUCCUUGAAGAUUUCGCGUAAACUUUCCUUGUUUGGUGCGGCUUACCUCCAAAAACCUCAGUCUUCCUUACCUUAUGUUUAUUCGCUUCUUGUAAGUUUACAUCCUUCUAAAAACUCAAAGUUUUUAGAGUCUUGUUGUAACACCAGCAUCAGUUAUAAGCAACUACCAAUCUCAAGAAUCAAACUGGAAACUUGCUCAUCUUCACACCUGUAACUGUAAAAUGCAAUCAAUCCUUUCUCAGCAACUAGCAGAAUACAUUCUCGGACAUAACCUUCAAAAACUACUCAUAAUCGAUAGCAGAUCAUUUUUGGAAUAUAAUGAUGGACACGUUACACAAUCCAUUAAUAUUGGCUGUUCAAAACUCAUAAAAAGACGUCUGAUUUCUAACAAAAUUACAAUUCAUGAACUCCUUAAAGGAACAUCCGAAGAAACAACUCAGGACCAUUGUCAGGUUGUUGUUUACGACCAGUCAACUAUGGACACGUCAUCACUAGCAAAGGACAAUUUUAUGUUUGUUAUUUUAAAUAAGUUGGUCAAGAGCUUCAAGGAUGUUUGUUUUCUAAAGGGAGGUUUUUCUUACUUUUCCAAGACGUUCCCAGAACUUUGUGAAUCACACUCCAACUCUACCUUCCACAAAAGUCCACGAACAAUACUGUCUCAACCCUGUUUGACAUCAGAGUUUGAAUCACCGUCACACAUACUUACAUUCUUAUAUCUUGGAGCACAAGAGCAUGCUCUUGAUGCAGACUUUAGAAAAGCUAACGGCAUUGACUUUGUGUUGAAUGUUAGUUGUCUUUGUCCUGUGCCUGCGAAUCUAGAUAGUAGCACACACUACAUGAGAAUACCUGUACGAGACUCAGUACAGGAAAACAUAAUUGACUGGCUACCAACAGCAUUCGAAUUUAUAGAUAAAGCUCGUGAAGCAAAUAGUAGAGUUUUAGUUCACUGUUUUGCUGGCAAGUCGCGGUCAGCAACAAUAGCCAUUGCUUACAUCAUGAAGCAUCUGGGUCUUCCACUAGACGAAGCCUACAGGUUUGUUAAAGAAAAACGUCCCACAAUAUCCCCAAACCUCAAUUUCAUGGGUCAACUAGUGCAGUUUGAGAAAGAUCUGACUCCAUCACCCAAUGAUUUCAAGCAGGAGAGUUUUGGUCAUCAACUCAUGAGCAGUGGGAGCUUAACAGAGUUGACAGCAAAUGUCUAAAGCUAGGUAUAUUAUUAGUAUAUCAUUAUAUUAGUAUCAUUAUUAUUAUAUAUAGUAUUGUAAAUAUCAGCUGCCUUUUUUUAAACAAAGCCAAAGGAUUAUACAGAAUAUUAUUAUAAUGUGAGUAUAAUAGAUGUGAGAGUUUGUAAUAUGGUGCUAAAUCAUACCCUCAACAUUACUGGUCAAUAUGACUGGCAAAGCAAAGAUUUGACUAGGCAAGUUCCAAUUUUGGGCACACAUUACGUGCCUGUUGUCAGGCCGAUAUUUUAAGCCCUGCUUUGCACCUUCACAGGCAUCUCUCUGUUUUAUUUUUUUCAUUUGUGGGCUUUUUGUGUAUUUAACAAAUAGACUUCAGUUUUCUAUUUGUUUUUUUCACAAUAACAAAAAUGGUAAAAACUUCUCAUUUUUACUGAUCAAAAC